AUGGAGGCGGAGGUGAAGGUGGUGGAGGCGACGGCGGAGGCGGGCUGGGUGGAGGCGGGCUGGGCGGAGGUGGGCUCGGGGGUGGUGGCGACGGCGGAGGCGGCGAAGGAGGAGGCGGUGAAGGCGGAGGGGGCGAGGGUGGCGGAGGUGACGGCGGUGGUGGUGAAGGGGGUGGUGGUGAAGGAGGGGGAGGCGACGGUGGCGGCGGAGAGGGCGGUGGUGGCGACGGAGGGGGCGGUGAGGGGGGCGGGCUCGGCGGCGGCGGGGAGGGCGGCGGCGGCGAGGGCGGGGGUGGCGAGGGCGGGGGCGGCGACGGAGGGGGCGGCGAGGGUGGGGGUGGCGACGGAGGGGGCGGGGAGGGCGGCGGCGGUGAGGGGGGCGGCGGGCUCGGCGGAGGUGGGGACGGAGGAGGCGGCGAGGGCGGAGGCGGCGACGGGGGCGGCGGGCUGGGAGGCGGCGGCGAGGGCGGAGGAGGCGAGGGCGGAGGAGGCGAGGGCGGCGGCGGGCUGGGCGGGGGAGGCGACGGAGGAGGCGGGCUGGGUGGUGGUGGCGAGGGCGGCGGCGGGGAGGGCGGCGGCGGACUCGGAGGCGGCGGUGAAGGAGGUGGCGGCGAGGGCGGCGGAGGCGAGGGUGGAGGGGGCGAUGGUGGCGGCGGGCUUGGAGGAGGCGGCGACGGCGGUGGUGGAGAAGGUGGUGGAGGCGACGGCGGAGGCGGGCUGGGUGGAGGCGGGCUGGGCGGAGGUGGGCUCGGGGGUGGUGGCGACGGCGGAGGCGGCGAAGGAGGAGGCGGUGAAGGCGGAGGGGGCGAGGGUGGCGGAGGUGACGGCGGUGGUGGUGAAGGGGGUGGUGGCGAAGGAGGGGGAGGCGACGGUGGCGGCGGAGAGGGCGGUGGCGGCGAGGGCGGUGGCGGCGAGGGCGGCGGCGGCGAGGGCGGCGGCGGCGACGGAGGUGGCGGGCUGGGCGGUGGAGGCGAGGGCGGUGGGGGCGACGGAGGCGGCGGACUCGGAGGGGGCGGGCUUGGCGGUGGAGGCGAGGGCGGAGGCGGGCUUGGAGGUGGUGGGCUGGGUGGAGGUGGGCUUGGUGGCGGCGGCGAGGGAGGCGGAGGGCUGGGCGGGGGCGGGCUUGGCGGUGGUGGCGAGGGCGGUGGCGGUGAUGGAGGCGGAGGUGAGGGUGGCGGCGGCGAAGGGGGUGGGGGAGAGGGCGGCGGUGGAGAGGGCGGGGGCGGCGAAGGCGGGGGCGGUGAGGGCGGAGGAGGAGAGGGUGGCGGCGGCGAGGGUGGCGGCGGGCUCGGUGGCGGCGGUGAGGGCGGCGGAGGCGAGGGCGGCGGUGGAGAGGGAGGAGGCGGCGAUGGCGGUGGCGGCGAGGGAGGCGGCGGGGACGGCGGUGGUGGAGACGGAGGAGGCGGUGAAGGUGGAGGCUGUCUCGGCGGCGGCG